UAGACUGUUAGAUAUAGAUCUAAAGUUAUACCUUGUUUUUUAUUUGAUGACAAAUCAUCAUUUUUCGUAUAAAAGUCAUGUAAAAGUCAAGAAAUCUUAAAAAGAAAGUUCACGACCUUGACAUGACCUUGACGAUCACUAAGUUAGUAAAAUGUCGAAACACAACUCUGAAACGUGAUCAUUUCCUUCAUUCAUUAUGGACUAUUUUGAGAUAAUAUUAGCUUAGUAUGAUGUGGGAAGCACCCACUGAUAGAUAUUCAUUGGGAGGAUUCAUCGAUUUACAAAACGCGUCAUGUUUUCUGCAUUUUAGUGUUCGGGACUGGUUGGGUGCAAUAUUCCAUGAUUCCAUUCCCCAAUAUGAGAUCUCAACCAAGACCAUUGACAUUCUCCAUGCAUUGAUGAAAACAAACUUAGAAAGAGACAAACACAUAGAAGCACAAAUUGAGGAUUGUAGGCUUAAAGCUAAGGAGUAUUAUGCUGAAGGACAAAGGCUUACCAAUAUAUUGGAUGGUGUUGGUUUACAACAGGAGAAUCUUUCUCAGUCUGGUACAAUGAGCCUUCGAACCCUGUCUAACAUUGCAGAAUUGUUACAGAUAGCAGAGGCUAAUGACUCAAGCUACCUCUGUGCUCUGAGUGAUAUCUCCCAACAGACUCUUAAAAUUGAAGAACAGAGAAGUAGAGAGCAUCAGUUGUUUACGCAAUUAUCAGCAAAAACGAAAUCAGCCAUGCUCAGAACUCAGUCACUGAACAAGGCUGUUGAAGCACUCAGAGAGCAAAAAGAACAUGAGGCACCACAUGUCAGUCGUAAAAGCAAGCAAUUACUGUUCUUCAGGAAGAAGGGAGGAGAAUAUAGAAAAAGAAUAGAAACCUCCAUGCAAACAUUGCAUCAAAGUGGGGUUGAUACAAGUGUCCUUCACCAGGCAUUGUUAAUAAAAAGCAAGGAGCUAGAAGAAUUAAAGGGCUCCUUAGAACCACUCCGAGCAAGGAUGAGUAGCUAUCAAAGUCUUCCACCAGAUGUCCCUUUGGCCAAGGUUAAACUAGAGGAAUUGAGACGAGAGAUAGAGACUUUAGAAAGACAAUUGUACCAAAAUAUAGACACUAUACAUUUAAAAUAAUACAGUAGUUAAGAACAAAACCUGAUUGAAAGGAUGACAUUUAAGACAGAAUCAGAUCUAAAGGGAAUUGGAGUGGCAAAGUUGCAAAUGUUCAGUUGGCCUACCAAUCUAUUCCGUAUGAUCCAAUAAUACAAUAUCUCCAAAAAAAAUCUACGAUAUGUUAUAAAUUGGUGAAGUUAUUAAGGACUCAAAGUUAAAAAAAAGGGAAUAAGUGUUUAAAUUCUCCCAAAUAAUAAAAAUGAUAACUAUGAAAUUAGAGUACAUUAUUAAAAG